GGAGCGACCUGAGGCACGCAGAGCUCUGAAGACCACUGCUGGCGCCAUGUUCCUCACCGCCCUACUACGCCGCAAUCGGAUUCCCGGCCGGCAGUGGAUCGGGAAGCACCGGCGGCCGCGGACCGUGUCUCUGCUGGCGAAGCAGAACAUGGUGCGUCGCCUGCAGGUGGAGGCGGAGAACCACUACUGGCUGAGCAUGCCCUGCAUGACGGCCGAGCAGGAGUGCGGCCACGCCGCGGCGCGCAGGGCCCGGGCCUUCGAGGCCAUCAAGGCGGCCACCACGUCCAAGUUCCCCCCGCACAGAUACGCGGCCGACCAGCUCGGCCACCUCAACGUCACCCAGAAGUGGUCGUGAGGACAAUGAGCCACUCGGGGCGCCACACGCCCUGGUCCUUAAAAGUAUUGUCGCUCACCUCUCCUGUCUCUCUCUUCUUGAAGCUGGUCGGAAAUACCAAAGUUACUGGGUCACAGGUGGCAGAAGCCGCAUUUUGAAUGAACGUUGCCAUGAAACUGCACACUGUGA